UUUAAAGUUGCCCAAACGGUGAGAGUUCGGGUUGAAGACAAAGAGAGCAAAUUAAGGGCCGAGUAAAGCAGCCAUGGAAAGAAAAGACGUAGAAACUAAUCUGAUUCCACUCGUCAAACGACAGCCGUCAAGUACUGCUGCAGCAGGAACAAGGACUGCAACGACGCUUCAAACGCUCGGCAAUAUCAUAGUCUCGAUUGUUGGAACUGGAAUUUUAGGCCUCCCGUUCGCCUUCCGUAUCGCCGGCUGGCUCGCUGGAGCUCUCGGCGUUGCUAUUGCCGGCGUUGCCACGUUUUAUUGCAUGCUUCUCCUUGUUGAGUGCAAGGAGAAGAUAGAAUCAGAAGAAGAAUCUCAAGAAACAAAAUCAUAUGGAGACUUGGGUUACAAGUGUUUAGGACUAACAGGUCGCUACCUAACGGAAGCCCUUAUUUUCUUGUCACAAUGUGGAGGAGCAGUAGCAUACUUAGUUUUCAUUGGCCAAAAUUUGUCAUCUAUAUACUCAGGUCAUGGCUUCAGUUUUGUCACUUACAUUUUGCUAUUGGUCCCAAUUCAGAUUGCAUUGUCAUGGAUCAAGUCUUUAUCGUCGCUAGCUCCUUUUAGUAUCUUUGCGGAUAUAUGCAAUGUGUUGGCCAUGUGUUUUGUAUUGAAAGAUGAUAUAGAGCAAGCCUUAGGAGGUGAAUUUUCCUUUAGUGAUAGGAAGGCUUUCACUUCUAGCAUUGGAGGAUUGCCAUUUGCUGGAGGGAUGGCCGUUUUUUGCUUUGAGGGCUUUGGAAUGACUCUGUCACUAGAGAAUUCCAUGAGGGAAAAAGGGGGUUUCCCUAAAUUGCUUGCUAAGGCGUUUGCAGGGAUCACCUUUGUAUAUGUUCUGUUUGGUUUUUCCGGAUACAUGGCUUAUGGUGAUCAAACAAAAGAUAUCAUCACACUUAAUCUUCCCAAGAAUUGGUCCGCAAUCGCAGUCCAGAUUGGCUUGUGCUUGGGAUUAAUCUUUACCUUCCCAGUCAUGGCACAUCCUAUUCAUGAGAUUGUGGAAGGCAAGUUGAAGAAUAGCAUGUGGUUUCAAAAGCUUUACUACAACGAAGAUGGUCAUGAUGAUAUGAUGACAAAAUUUGGAAAGUUUGGAAUAAUUUUCAGUCGAGCAGUUAUUGUAAUGAUGUUGGCAGGCUUGGCCUCGUUUGUCCCAGGAUUUGGCAUGUUUGCUUCUCUCGUAGGGAGCACUGUGUGUGCAUUGAUAUCAUUUGUCUUGCCAGCUUCGUUUCACCUCAAGCUAAUGGGUCGAUCACUGAAUAUCUGGCAGAGAGUGUUGGAUGUUUUCAUUUUAUCCUGUGGAUUGCUCUUUGCUGCUUAUGGUACUUAUAACACUAUGGUUGGAGUUUGAAGAAACCUCCAAUGCUUGGUUGGUUUCCACAUAUAAAAUGCACGAAACAUGCUCAA